AAAAAUUAAUUUUUUUCCCUAACACUUCGAGAGGGAAAGAAAAAGAAAAUAUUCCAAUUUAAUUGCUCAUAGAAAAUCUCUGCAAUCCAAACACUUCAUCGAGAGGAAAAUUUCCUCUUCUGGAUCUAUUCGCCUCAGGGUUCGAGAGAUCUGAGGAAAGAGGAGAGUUAAGGAGGAGACUAGAAUAUGGCGCAUAGAGUAGAUCAUGAGUAUGAUUAUCUAUUCAAGAUCGUGCUGAUUGGAGACUCUGGUGUGGGAAAAUCUAAUAUCCUUUCCAGGUUUACCAGAAAUGAGUUCUGUUUGGAAUCCAAAUCCACCAUCGGUGUCGAAUUCGCCACUAGGACUCUUCAGGUGCAUGGAAAGACAGUAAAGGCUCAAAUCUGGGAUACAGCAGGGCAGGAGCGGUACCGUGCCAUCACAAGUGCAUAUUAUAGAGGAGCUGUUGGUGCCUUUCUCGUUUAUGACAUAACCAAGAGGCAAACGUUUGACAAUGUUCAAAGGUGGCUGCGUGAAUUGAGGGACCAUGCAGACUCAAACAUCGUUAUUAUGAUGGCUGGAAACAAGUCUGACCUGAACCAUCUAAGAGCUGUUACAGAGGAGGAUGGUCAUAGCUUGGCAGAGAGGGAAAGUCUCUCAUUUCUUGAGACAUCGGCACUGGAAGCAACCAAUGUUGAGAAGGCAUUCCAAACCAUAUUGACAGAGAUAUACCACAUCAUAAGCAAGAAGGCAUUGGCAGCGCAAGAAGCAGCUGGCAAUUCUACACUUCCUGGUCAAGGAACCACUAUUAAUGUUGCUGAUACCUCAGGGAACACGAAGAGAGGUUGCUGCUCUACUUAAUUCUAUAUUUGAGGAAGGAAAGCAUUGCUAGCAAGCAGUCCUUUCAUUAUUUUUUUAACAAUUAUUUUUAAAAAAUUCUUUUUCAAUUUUCAGCUGAGAGAGGGAGACAUGUAGAUUACUCGUCAUUUUACAUAAAUUUGAGUUUGUGAAUUUGAAAAAAAAAAUGGGGUCAGUGCUGUUAGAAUUUCAGGAUGGUAUGUUCUCUGUAUUUAUUUAUUGUAUGCCACUAAAAGUGGAACUGACUGAUAGCAGGGAUGUAGAGUGAAAUCACGUUAUCUCAAUUGGGAGAAAUAGUGGUGCACAACCAUAAAAGGGGCAGCUUUUAGUACUUGUUCUGGGUUUUGUUUGUUGAGCUAUUUCCAAACUUGUAAUAAAAGCUUCUUUACCUUUGUGACA